AUGGCUAGUGAUGGUGUGCAAAUACAAAUCCCAAAGCUUACUAAGGAGAAUUUUGGGAAUUGGUGUAUCCAGAUGAAGUCAUUGUUUGGCUCACAAGAUCUAUGGGAGAUCGUUAAUGAUGGCUAUACCGAGCCUACACCAGAUCAAGAGAGAGGGUACAAUCAAAAUCAAAAGGAAGUUUUGAGGGUUACAAGGAGGAGAGACAAGAAAGCUUUGUUUCAAUUGUAUCAAGCCUUGGAUGAGGUGACAUUUGAAAGAAUUGCUGAGGCAACUUCUGCAAAGCAAGCAUGGGAUACUCUUUCCAUCAUAUUUAAAGAAGAAGAAAAAGUGAAGCGAAUCCGACUACAACAACUACGGGGAGAAUUUGAAGUCGCCACCAUGAAGGAGACGGAGAAUAUCUUCAACUACUUUUCUCGGAUAUUGGUUAUCGUAAACCAAUUGAAGAGGAAUGGAGAGAAGAUAGAUGAUGUUCGAGUGGUGGAGAAGAUACUUCGAUCUUUGACACCGAGGUUUGAGCAUAUUGUUGUCGCUAUUGAAGAAGCUAAUGAUGUGGAUACUCUAUCCAUCAAUGCGUUGAUGGGUAAACUUCAAGUCCAUGAACAAAAGAAGCAAAAUAAAAUUGAAGCAGUUAAUACAGAGCAAAUACUUCCAUCAAAGGUGGACGCCAAAGAUCAAAAAGGAAAUGAUCAAGGGCAAUCUCAAGCAUUUUGA